GCUUCGCCCAGCGGAUCGGCAGAAGUUGAGAGGAGUUGGCGGCUGCCUCUGGCCGGCCGGACUUUGCGAGCAGCCUGGAGAGGAGCCGCGGCCGCCGCCGCCGCCGCCGCCGCCGCCGCGGAGCCUUCGGGGCUGCUUCCCUCGCGCUUAGCCCGCAGCGCGGGUGGAGAGGGGCGGGGAGGGGGUCGGGGGCACGAGGAGAACUUGAAACUGUGUGAAGGAAUCCGGAGCAGAUGAGAAGGGAGGAAAAUAAAACAAAGUGGAGACUGCAGAACAGACUCCACCGUGGCUGACUGUGCCGGCUGACGCUCCAGCAGAGGGGCUGGGUUGGAUUUUUUUCUCCCAUCCUCUCGCUCUCUCUUUUAAAGCUACACCAGCUCUCUCUCUUUCUCUACUAUCUCUGUAUCACCAAAUCCUUGCUGGCUCUUAUGGGCAUGAAACACUCCUCCCGCUGCCUGCUCCUGAGGAGGAAAAUGGCGGAGAACGCGGCCGAGAACACCGAGGUGAACAGCCCCCCCUCCCAGCCCCCUCAGCCCGUCAUCCCUGCUAAGCCCGUGCAAUGUGUCCAUCAUGUGUCCACUCAACCCAGCUGCCCAGGACGGGGCAAGAUGUCCAAGCUGCUGAACCCAGAGGAGAUGACCUCCAGAGAUUAUUACUUCGACUCCUACGCCCACUUUGGGAUUCACGAGGAAAUGCUGAAGGACGAGGUGCGGACACUCACUUACCGGAACUCCAUGUACCACAACAAGCAUGUGUUCAAGGACAAAGUGGUACUGGAUGUCGGGAGUGGUACUGGGAUCCUUUCCAUGUUCGCUGCCAAGGCAGGGGCCAAGAAGGUGUUUGGGAUCGAAUGCUCCAGUAUUUCUGACUACUCAGAGAAGAUCAUUAAGGCCAACCACUUGGACAACAUCAUCACCAUAUUUAAGGGUAAAGUGGAAGAGGUGGAGCUGCCUGUGGAGAAGGUGGACAUCAUCAUCAGCGAGUGGAUGGGCUACUGUCUGUUCUAUGAGUCCAUGCUCAACACGGUGAUCUUUGCCAGGGACAAGUGGCUGAAACCUGGAGGGCUUAUGUUUCCAGACCGGGCAGCUUUGUACGUGGUAGCGAUUGAAGACAGACAGUACAAGGACUUCAAAAUCCACUGGUGGGAGAAUGUCUAUGGCUUUGACAUGACCUGCAUCCGGGACGUGGCCAUGAAGGAACCUCUAGUGGACAUCGUGGAUCCAAAGCAAGUGGUGACCAAUGCCUGUUUAAUAAAGGAGGUGGACAUUUACACAGUGAAGACGGAAGAGCUAUCGUUCACAUCUGCAUUCUGCCUGCAGAUACAGCGCAACGACUAUGUCCACGCCCUGGUCACCUAUUUUAAUAUUGAAUUUACCAAGUGCCACAAGAAAAUGGGGUUUUCCACAGCCCCUGACGCUCCCUACACCCACUGGAAGCAGACUGUCUUCUACUUGGAAGAUUACCUCACUGUCCGGAGGGGGGAGGAAAUCUACGGGACCAUAUCCAUGAAGCCAAAUGCCAAAAAUGUGCGAGACCUCGAUUUCACAGUAGACUUGGAUUUUAAGGGACAGCUGUGUGAAACAUCCGUAUCUAAUGACUACAAAAUGCGUUAGCACACGUGGGAAGCUGCAGAGAGCAACGAGAAAAGGAACUCUCACCUCGAUCUGCCGUGCCGUCCCAAAGAAUACUGUUUGCAGGACUACACACUUGAAAACCAGAGUUUUCAACUCUGCCUUGAAGAUUGGUGAACUCCCCAGGGCUCCUGUGGGCUCCGCCACUGGACAGAAGGCCUCCAGCUCCUCCGCUCUGCCCUGGGAGCCCUUCAUGAAGGCUUUGCGUUGCCAGCAAAGAGCGACCUCGCGAGCUGUGGCUGGGCCCCGAGGGUGGAAACGUAUUCGCGUCUCCCUGUCUCCUCCUUAACUGUGACUCUCCGGGUCUUCUGAGUUUUGCAUGCUGCGGGUGUCUAGGACAGAUUGCUUCCACUAGAACCUGGAGACAUAGCAUCUUUGAUAGCAUAAGCCAGAUUAUCUGUGUGUGCGGUGGUGUGUGUGUGCGUGCAUGUGUGAGUGUGAGCAGCAUAGUCCAUAUUUACCCACAAAUACCUGUAUAUGCAUGCAUAUACAACCAAGUGGGUAUACUUAGGUGUUCACUCAGAGGGGCGUGUGCGUGCGUGCGUGCGCGUGUGCCUAGAAUAUAUAUUACUCUCAGAGGAGAUUCUGUUGCUUUCGAAUAGGAAUUUGUUUUGUGAUUAGUUCGCCCCUUCCCCGCCCCUUACCAGAUGUUAAGCAGCUAUGAAACAUUCUCUGUACUAGCUCUGGUCUCCUUUUGACUGGACUGUGGCUCUGAACCCUGAGCAUAGUACCACAGACUCCGUGGGCGCUCAAUAAACACACAUGAGAACAAA